ACCUAUGUAAAUAAAUAUAUAAAAUAAUACGUAUUUGGCAGUGAGAGCUCUCCCCGUGUGUGCACGGACGUGCCCAGGACAGCCGUGGUGGGCAGCAGCGGACGCCCUCCGUCUCACAAAGGCUGUGCCCCACAGUUCUCCGCCCCAUCACAAUGCCCGGGUGAGCCCCGAGGCCCGCGGCGGCAGCUGUGGGGCCAUGGGGGGAGAGUGAAGGCCACCGAGUGCCACGCGCCAUGCGUUGAAGUCCUCGAGCCCUGGAGCAGAAGGCCCGCUGUGGUGAGGCCCGCCGGGAUCGCUCGACAUGCCGAAAACCGACGCGGGCGAGAGGCUGCUCUGCGAGCUGGGCUACAAGCUGGGCCAGACCCUGGGCGAGGGCAGCUUCUCCAAGGUGAAAGAGGUCACCUCCAGCAAGUACAAGGUCCCCUUGGCCGUCAAGGUGGUGGACCGGCGCCGAGCCCCCCCGGCCUUCGUCUACAAGUUCCUGCCGCGGGAGCUCUCCAUCCUGCGCAGGAUCCGGCACCCCAACAUCGUGCGCAUCUUCGAGCUGAUCGAGGUGUGCAACGGCAAGCUCUACAUCGUGAUGGAGGCGGCGGCCACCGACCUGCUGGAGCUGGUGCAGCAGCGGGGGAAGCUGCCCUGCGUCCCCGAGGCCCGCGACAUCUUCGCCCAGGUGGUGGGGGCCGUGCGCUACCUGCACGACCGCAACCUGGUGCACCGGGACCUCAAGUGCGAGAACGUGCUGCUGGCCGCCGACGGCCGCCGGGCCAAGCUGACCGAUUUCGGGUUCAGCAAGGAGGCCGGCACCUUCCCGGAGCUGAGCACCACCUUCUGCGGCUCGGCAGCCUACGCGUCCCCCGAGGUGCUGCUGGGCAUCCCCUACGACGCCAAGAAGUACGACGUGUGGAGCCUGGGGGUGAUGCUCUUCGUGAUGGUGACCGGCUACAUGCCCUUCAACGACACGCACAUCCGCAGCAUGCCCCAGCAGCAGAAGCAGGGGGUGCUGUACCCGGAGGGGCAGCCCCCGCUGCCGGAGCCCUGCCGAGCCCUCAUCGCCCAGCUGCUGCGCUUCAGCCCGGCCGCGCGGCCCGGCGUGGGGCAGGUGGCCAAGAACAGCUGGCUGAAGGGGGACAUCUGAGGGAGGAGACCCUCGGAGGGCGCUCACACCUUGGCACAAUCAAUGCUGUAGAGGAAAAAAUAGGUGUUAAUUGAUCGUUUCCAGCUGCGGGCUGUGGGUGGGAGUGAGCUCGAUGCGUUGGCGAGGCCGCCUGGUGGUUCAGGUGGUGGUGGUGGCAUCAAGAAGGCGGCCGUGCCCCUUCACAAAGGGGACAAAUGAGCCCACUGCACGUCAGGCUUCAAGCCACGCUGACCGUGGUGAGCAAGGGCUAAGAGCAAACCGCCAGGCUGCUCACCCCAGAGCACCUCCGGGGGCCAGGUCUGAGCUCUCCCACCGAGCCAGCCUUGUUUGCCACCAAAACGGGUUGAGAUGAGGUGGGGGAGAAGCGGUGGUCCCGUAAAUCACUACUGCAGAGACAACGUCCUUUAUAUUCAUUGUAUACCACCCUUUAGAUCUCACGGGGGUAUUACAAAACACAGAUCCACAGCAGAACCUCUGCAGGCAACCCAACAGCAUCACAGAGCCACAACUUUUACUGCGGCUUCGAGAUCCGUGCCUUAACUUCAACCAGAUCUUGCAGAUACUGGAUCUUGCCAGCAUCUGACAUCUCUGCCAAGAGAUACCUGGUGAGAAAGAAAUGCCACUGGCUGUGGAUAACACUGAAAUGGGACAGAAGGAAAGAUGUAAGGUAAAGGAGCACUGCUCUGCUCACACCAGCUUCCCAGCUCCCACACAAAGGUACCAGUUACUCUGCAACCCCCCGAAUCUGCGACGUACGCCAGCUGCCAAGCCCCACGUUCAGCCAGGUAUGUAAAGGCAGGAGCUGGCAUCUGAGAUGCCAGAUGAGGAGUUUCAAAUCCCCUUUAAAUGAGUUCCAGCCGAGCUUCCACAGAAAUGAAAGUCCAAGAGAAAAUGUCCAGCUGGGUGGUCUGCUCGUCCCGGUGUCGCUGGUGCCCCGCGAGCUCACACAACGCAGCCUUGGCAGCGGCUCCCCCAGCGAGGGUACGUCUGAAACGAGCAGACGAGCCCACACGGUCCUGCUGGAGGAGAAGGAAACGUCUUUCGUAACACAAACAUUUUGGGUCUAUUAAAAGCAGCGGCUUAAGUAGAACAAGAUGUGGCAGCAGAGCCAGCCCAAGGCUUUUCAGCACAUGGGCUACGGCAAAUUUUUGCCACCCCCGGAAUGAAGAUUUACUUUGCUCUCAAGCAUUGCAGCUGCAAAAUAAAUCUUCACAGCAGCAGAGUCCAAAGCGGACAGAGAAAGGGAUGGGAAGGGUGUCCUGGGGCCAUCCGUGGCUGGGGAAACAGGCUUAGGAAGGAUCAGGGGGCCGCUAGGGAUGGAAAAGAACAGAGAAGCUGAAAGGGUGUGGGAAGAAAAUUCAGGGUGGCCAGAGUUGCAGCAAGGCUCUUCUACGGACUGCAGUGUCUGGGGGAAGGUGGCUGGUGGGCUGGGGGCAGGCAGUUCCAGUUCAGUCACCAGCUGCAGGAAUCGGUGAUCUUCUAAAAGGGAAAAUGCUCCCAUCCGAAAAAACCCCACGUGUCGGUACAGGACAUGGAUCAGUUCAACGGGCUCCUGUUUGUGGUGUUUGAGCUUGGAAUCCACAGUUGUCAUUAAAAAACAAAAUAAUCGCUUGCUCUCUAGACCGAGCAGUAAUUUCCAUCCUGUCAGGCUACUGCCAAAUGGUUAAGAGUUAGCCUGACUUUGCUUCGAGACUGUGAGCCUUUUAUUAGGGGAAGUCACAGGACUUGGGAAAACGUGGCCAUGCAGCACAUGCCCACAUUGGGAUUAGACCCAAUGGAUGCCCUGUGUUUGUCCUUCCAGCUGGUCAGGAGCAAAUAUUUUCUGUCCGUGUGAGAGCACUGCCAAGAAUCAGUUCUGUGUGUAGUGCUGGUGAAUCCCAGGUGCGAGUACGGAGGGUACAGGUAGGUAACCCGCGAGCAUACAGCCUGUACAGCAACACAGGAUCAUAAAUAGGAGCUUUUGCUGACUUGCUUUAGGCUGUAAAACUUGCAUUUAUAAACAACAAAUAACGUCUCUAGGCAUGAGACAUCCUCAAGGGCUUUCACGUGUUUCCACAAGGUGGGCUCAGAGCUCUUCGGCCACACACCUCGAAACGUUCAAGAUCCAGACUUCACCGAGGAGCCUUCCUCGCUCCAAAGCGCUCUCAGGUUGUGCUCCGGGGCUCUCCUCUGAGCUCUGCCAGCCCUGCUGGGAUUGUGCGGCCUCUCCUUUUGCUUUCUGCUAAUUCUCCUUCGCCAAAGACAAAGCGAAGACAAAAUGAGUUGUUCUAAAUCCCAGGACCUGAUCUCCCCCCACACACCACAUUCUCCCACACGACUGCAUUGGCUGAGACGGGAGGGUCCCGUGCCAUCGCCCCGUCGCUGCUGUCACCUCUCUGUCCUUCAGGCUGUUAUAUCCGUGCCUUGGAAUCAUUUGGAGUGCCUCUCACGCAUCCUGAAGCAAUCUUAGCCCCUGGGGCCGUGCUGCCCGGCCUGCAGCCCAUGACCCGCUUCAGCCGUCCUCAGCCCAGCCAGCGCGGGCAGGCGUGGUGCGAGGCGUGCCGGGGUGACCCUGCCGUGUUCAACAGGCAAUUUAGCAAAUAAAUGUACCUCGCUCUGCUCGCAUGCAUUCACCUUCCCAUAAUUGCAGCCUUCAGUCCUUGCAGCCUUUUAUCCGGCUCCCUUGUGCCCUCACCUUCCUUUCCAAGCCCCACGCUGCCCGAAGCGAUGGGUCCCCGUGCGUCGUCAGCCGUCUUCACUUUACGGACUCAUUUCUUUGCUUUUCCUACCCCGUGUGGGUCUCCACGCUUGCUUGCCUGUUGGAAGAGCGGAAAGGAGGCCACCGCUUUCAUAUCUUGAUCCACUCAGUUAUAUUCAGCAUAACAAUAAAAAACAAUGAGGCUCGCACCAAAGGACAGGAGCCAGAGGCUCCCCAAGCGCACAGCUUUCCUUGCAGACGGGAGGUUUUCCAUGAAUCAUAUUUUCAUUUUCACAGCACCUACCAAACAUUAAUCCCUGCGCUAGCACCAGGUGGCAAAUAUUAUUCUCCCUGUGUUACGGUGAGCAGGCUAAGUGGCUUACCUCAAGCCAAGGGGAUUGCAUUUUACAUUACGGUGUAAAACCUCCCCGGCCUCCAGACUUCAGAGCCAUGAGCUGAGCAGUCUUGAAACACUAACAAAUUCAACGCUAUCUGAUGGCCUGGAAAGACAUCUGAAUUCCCUCUGCAACUGUUCCCAAAUCAAUCUCAUUUUAUCUCAUGAGUGAGACGCUGCUGAGCAUCCCUGCCCCAGAAGGUGGCCCGUGUUCAGUGAGCGAGGCCUGGGACACGGCAGAGGACCUUCAGCUCAGGGUGCUGGCCCUGCUGAGCUGUUGCUGUCCUCGCAGACAACCUUGCUGGGGGGCCGCCAGACAGCGCUCUCAUUAGCUACAAGCAGAAAACAAAGCGUGUGUUGCUGCCUCGGAUAUAAUGAUAACCCUUGGCUCCGUGUUGGCAUGUUCAGCAGCUUGUUAAUGGGCUACCUUGGAACACGUACAACACCCCGCCACGCACACGUGCGCCUGGUCAUUUAUUGUGUCAGGAGCUGCCCCUCUUUCUGUCUGACGUACUUCUCCCGCGUCCAGAAAAUGGUGCAAAAGCAGAGCAAACCAUAAUUGAUGAAUGAAUCCUGGGGAAAGCAGUUUUGCUCUCUGUGCACCCUACAGCCAAUUAACUUUUCCGACACUGAGAGCCACGUUCAGGUACUACCAACAGGUCCAGAGAAGUGCUGGAGGAAGGACCCAUGGAGGGUUGGACCUACCAGAAGCCCACAAACAAACACAUUUAUUUACAUCAUUCCUACUGCGAGUGAGGGACAGCACUUUGCCUUCCUCCUGUUCCAGAACCUGGAAGGAAGCUGAAGCCAUGAACACAAAAAGUGUUCAUGU